AUGCGUCAAUCGAUGGACAGGUUUGGCGACGACUUGUGUCAACUGAUUCUCAGUUAUCUGCCAUUUGAGGACCGGUUCCGCUAUGAAUGUGUGUCCAGACAGUGGCGACGGUUGAUAUUCCGGAGCCAACGGGUGCUGACACUGGAGUACAACUGGGCCUCGUUUUUCCUGCCGACCCUAAGGGAGGGACUGGUGUUUGCCACCAAUCGGUCUAUACUUAAGAAGUGUCAGCAGAUCACUGAGAUAUCGGUCAACCGGUUCGUCAACAACCGGGAUGUGGUGUUUCAGGUGAUCAACAAGUAUUGCCAUAACCUGUCGGCCAUUGAGUCCGACUUCGAUGGUAUGUCCGCCCGGACUGUCACCGCGUUUUGUCAUACAUUUGGCGCUCAACUCAAGAAAUUGACGUUUCAUUCAAACAAUGAGACAAAUCGGGAGGUGUUUCGCAGAUGUUUGCGAAGUAUACACGUCUUAAACAUUAGACCAUUCAAUGAUCUCUCGUUGCUUUUCACUGGUAAUGAGGUUUUGGUGCAUAAGUUACGGGAGAUUUGCUUCACGUAUAGCAACGAAGACUCGCAAAGAAUCGGAAUAUUCUGUGAGACAAACAAACAGACUCUGGAGUCGAUUGAAGUGACUUUUUCGGCCAAUUCAUUGACACCAAAGUCUAUCAACCAGUUGUUCAAAGGGCUGUCCAAACUGUCGGAACUCAAGGUACUGGUGAUCAGCUGCCAGUCGGAAGUGGACGACACGCUAGUCUGCAAAUGUCUGCAACUAUUGGCCGCUAAAUACGUGGAUUCAAAGUCAGCUAUGCUUACGAUCUAUGGUAUUCUCGAGAGUGGCCCGGCUGUUUUCUAUACAUCAGCGGAUGCGUGUAAUAGUGAGUUCACAUCGCUCAAAUGUCCCCUCACCAAAAGCAGUGAGAAUAUGCUGGAGAUUACACUACCGGUGCCCAAACUACACCAUCAAAUCACACCAAUGAACCUGGAUGUGUUGUUGUAUUUGCAGGACACUGAUGGCAAGAAUAUCACUUGUCAGAGGUUCCCGGCUAAGAUUCAGUGA